UUGUUUUCUGCCUUUUUACAGAGUUCCGCGUUCUCUGCCAGCCCUCUGCUCUCCAGCUGCCCUCCGAGGUUGUGUCCCCUGUCCUUUGGCGAAGGCGUUGAGUUUGACCCCUUGCCACCAAAGGAAAUAAGGUACACGUCCUCGGUUAAAUACGACUCGGAGAAGCACUUCAUCGAUGACGUCUACAUGCCCGUGGCCUUAAGCGUUUCCUCCUGCAGCCAAACGGUCGUCUGCGUCCCGAACUGCACGUGGCGCAAUUACAAAGCGGAGGUGCGCUUCGAGCCCCGCCGCAGGCCCUCGCGCUUCACCAGCACCACCAUCGUCUACCCGAAGCACGCCAAGACUGUGUACACCACCACUCUGGAUUACAACUGCCGGAAGUCCCUGCGGCGGUUCCUCUCCAGCGUCGAGCUGGAGACCUCGGAGGCCCCGGGGAGCGACUGCGUCCUGGGCGGGUGCUGA